GUACAUAUUAUAAACGUACGUAUAUUCAACUUUCUUGACAACUUUGUAUUGCUUAUAUCGCCGAUGCGAGUGUUUUCACAAUCGUUUACUAUCAAUUCAACGAAUGGAAAAAGCAUAAAUACGCGAGCGUGACGUCAAUAAAACGCACGAGCGCACGAGUUUAUGCGUAAUUAUGUCAUUUCUUUACGAUUUCUAUCUGUUUGAGUUGAGUGGCGAGCUGCUAUCACGCCCGAAACGACAACAGCGCCACUAUUCUAGUACUAACAUUAAACCAUAUCAAACAAAUCCAAAAGUGAUCCAAACGCUGGUUUACGACUGCCUCUGCUUUGUAUUUGUUCGCUUGGUUUGAUUUUAGUAUGGCUCAACUCAUACCUGCGUCUUGGGAUACUUGUGUUUGCUGCGUUUAGUGCGUCGGCUGUGUUCGCCUUCGCGCUCCUCCUCUGCCGCCACCAACACCAACGCACAUCCGUCUCUCUUGUUGUCGGUACGAGUGGAUAGGCACGCACACACGCUCAGCGCGCAACUACCUACUCCGCUCACUCGAGUAGUGUGUCUGUGUCGCUCUGUGUGCUUGCUCUGCCUGCGCAGGUCUCCGCCAUCCAUUGAUAAACAACGACCGCAACGACGUUGCGCCACCAUCUCGCUAAAAAACGCGUACUUGCGACCGCUACAAUCCGCGCCACCCGCAAAAAAUAACUCUUCCUACCGCGAUUGAUACGAGUUCGUGAUUAAACAUCUUGCGAGUCCGCAUGUAAUCCCACAGUGCAGUGCGCGAGUGUGUGCAUGUGUGCAAGGUGUCUUGACCUGGGUGAAUAUUCGCAGCGACGCAAUUUGCAAACACACGCGUGAGACUCAACCUUCCUCAACUAACAACUUGAAUAUUAAGACAAUCGCGGCAAGACAGCAAGUGCUAGCAGUCGGAAGACAUAUUGUAGAUUGUUAAGUGUUGGGCAACGACGACAGGAAGACAUUUUGCUUUUCCAUUUGAGAGCCGCAACUCGAUUAUGCCAUAAAUAACACUCGUACAGUUACCAAACCAAGUCACAAGAUGAAACCUCGGAGAUACUUGGCGCUGAAUUUAUUCGUGUUGUGCUUUCUAGCCCUAAACGAAAUCUGUGUUGGUAAAAGCAAUGGUAUAGCUAGUGAGAGUCAUGUAUUGCCAAAGGUGUUGUGUGAGUAUUACAAUUACUCCAUGUGCAGUGAAUCAAGGAAGAAUGGACAUGAAGAUGGCUGCACUCAACAGGAAGAGUGUUCUGGUGCUGAAGGAAAGCAACAAGGAUGUUAUGUUUUAUGGAAUGAUGACAAUGGAACCAUUUCGGUGAAAUUAAAAGGAUGUUUUCUGCAUGAUGAAUGCAAUAACACCAAAUGUAUUGACACUAACAACAAGAGGAACAAUGAGUAUUUGUAUUGUUGCUGUAAGGGCAACAUGUGCAAUACCAACUUCAGUUGGGAGCCUAAACCUAUACCCACUGAGAAAGAACCACCUGUAGUAAAAGAACCAGAACCUGUACCAAGUGUCAAUUGGCUUGUACCACUUUGUGCAAUAGGUAUUUUGGGAACUAGUAUGACUUUGUUUCUCUGUUGGAGUUAUAGAAAGAAGAAGUAUAUGUUCAAUGAGAUCCCAACAUCAGAACCACACUCACAACCGUUGACAAUGCCCACAAUGGGACUGCUCCCAAUCCAAUUGAUCGAAAUAAAAGCGCGUGGGCGUUUUGGUCUCGUCUGGAAGGCGCAUCUAAAAGGCGAGGAGAUCGCCGUGAAGGUAUUCCCUAUGCAGGAUAAACAAUCCUGGACCCAGGAGCAAGAAAUUUACAAAAUUCCACUGAUGAGCCACGCAAACAUUCUUCACUUUAUUGGAGUAGAGAUACGCAAAGCCGAACAUCCAACGCAGUUCUGGUUGAUUACCGCUUACCACGAAUUGGGGUCUUUGUGUGAUUAUUUAAAAGCACAUACACUCACCUGGCCAGAGCUGUGUAAGAUUGUCGAGACGAUGGCGCGUGGCCUCAUGCAUUUGCACGAGGAAAUGACGGGCAAACUAGGUGAACCUUUAAAACCUGCGAUUGCGCAUCGCGAUUUCAAGAGUAAGAAUGUUUUAUUGAAGAAUGACAUGACUGCGUGUAUUGCUGACUUUGGUCUGGCGCUUAUGUUUGAACCGGGGAAAUCCUGCGGUGAUACUCAUGGACAAGUUGGUACACGGAGGUACAUGGCACCGGAAGUUCUUGAAGGUGCGAUUAAUUUCACACCCGAUGCAUUCUUACGCAUUGAUAUGUACGCGUGUGGGUUGGUUAUUUGGGAAUUGGUGUCGCGGUGUACCGCGCAGGACGGGGUGGUUCCUGAGUAUAGAUUACCGUUUGAGGAAGAAGUGGGUGCACAUCCGAACUUGGAAGAUAUGCAGGAGAGUGUUGUACAACGAAAAGUGCGGCCGACCAUAUUAGAAUCAUGGAGAAAUCAUCCAGGAUUGGCAGCACUCUGCGAGACUAUGGAGGAGUGCUGGGAUCACGACGCUGAAGCGCGCCUCUCCGCCUCAUGCGUAAUGGAGCGCGUUCUCAAUCAAAGCAAGUACCCCAUCAUUCGUCCCUUAGCAUGCGUAUCGAAAACGAGGCGCUGCGGAAUACGAUCAAGGAAAACAGCAUGUAGAUCAACCACACAGUCACAUAUUUUAUGUUUCAUUCACAGUAAACGAAGAUUUGAAAUUUUUCAACACUGGACAUCUGAUCCCGACCAGUUAGCAACACGUUGACUUAAUGUAAGCAAAAGGGACGCUCGUUCGAAGUGCUUGGGAGUGUGUUGAGUGUGCAAGUGCAGUGUGGGAACACUUAUUAAUGACAUGUGCCAUAAUGAAAAUAGUGCAACUCAGUGUAACAUGAAUUCCUAUAUAGAGUAUAGACCUCUAGUGUAGUGUUUAAAGCUAGAUAUCUAUCACAAAAUGAAGCGAUCGAACAACACUGCUGUAAAUUAAUUAAUGAUGAUUUCGAACACAAAACGAGAGGAAAGAAAACGAAAGUGCAAUUUUAUAUUAUACAUAUUUUCACAAAGCGAUUUCAAAUGAUGACAAGUUGUUGACACGAAAACAAAGUUUAUAAUUGACGUUGAAAUUAAGAAGUAUAUGAGUUUUUUGUUUCAUGCAACGGCAAGUAAUAUGAAUGUACCUUAUAUUUAAAAUGCCUAAAAUUGAUUGCGAAGCACUUGUGUGCGUGGAUUUCAAUGAGUUUUCAAUGCACAUUACGGAUUUAAUCGAGGAGUUUCAGUAUGUAACAAACUUGUAACAUGGUUGGGCGACGAUCCCCCACCCGCCACACUUUUUACUUUAACCUAGAAAUUCGCAAACAGGAAGUAUUUCCAUCUUGUUCGGUUUUUAUGCUAUUGUUCGCUCGUAAAUAAGGAUAAAAAUAAAUUGCGAUUGUAUUUUGUUUCGAAUAUGCUUGCUAAGGUUGAAAGUGCGGUAGAUAGCCGAUAGUCGUCCAUCUUGUUGCCAUGCGGAACUACGCCAUUGACAAACAUCACAAUAAAAUCACCCAGUUUUGUACCUUGUAUUAACAGUGCUGAAAACCACAUAUUCCUAUCGAUAUCUAAGCGGUUAGUUUGCAAGAAAGAGAUUUAUAACGAAACGAGAUAUAUAAUUAUAGCGUUACUAUAUAUAUAUUUAAAAGAAAAACAAGAGAAGGUUAUAAGUAGAACUGUUGUAUUGCCGAAGGCGCGUAGCAAACAUUUGUACAUAAUUUACUUUGUUGCUCUUCAAUUUCGAUACUGUUAACGUAGAAUAUGUUUUGAGCUGGAUCAAGAUCAUGUACAUACAUAUAAAAAAUAUGAGGAUCGGAUUGUUCUGUGGAUCUGAUUGUUAGAAUCUUUGUGUAUUCAUAAUUAAGACUGAACGAAGCGAGCAAGUGACUGGCUGGGCGCUGGUACAUUGUUUUCUUUAAAUUUAAUUUUUAUUACUAGCGUUACUCAGAAAGACAAGUUAUCGAAGCAUGGAAGACGAAUAAAGCUUGCCAAUAAUUAUUUGUUACACAAUAUCCACGCGCACCCAUGAAUUAAUAAUGGUUAAUUUAGUUCUGCUAGUUACUUCCUGUGAAAGAGAACAUACGAGAUGCCAAUUUACCUACCUACCUCCAGCAUACUUUAUGUUGAUUAGUGUAAUGAGAACUUUUGAAUACGAUUAUAUAUUUAUGAUAAAUAUUAGUUGAUUUUUAGUUUGGUGUGAAGGGCAUAGUAAGUUGGGCGAUAUUAAUGCGGCGGAAUGGAACGUUUUUGUAAAUGCGUUGUUUGUUUUGGGUGAGUUUUACGUAUGUACCUUUACAUAUCAGAUUGCGGAUGCGAGGCGACUUCAGAUGACUCCGGAGAUGUAACCGUGAAAACGUGGAGGCAAUUCGCAUGGAUUUAUUAAGCUUUGAAACGCUCUAAAUAUAACACAAGGUUUUGUACAAACAGAAAACGUAAAUCAAAUGCAUGUGAAAUAAUGUAAACAUGUUGGAAUAAAACUACAAGUAACACAUA